AGAGAUUCAGCACCGCGGACAGCGACACCCAGCAGCGGCAGUCUCCCUUCGGCGCCCUCUCGCCCUUCCUCUCCCGCGCAGUCCCAGGCGCUCGUCAUGGCCGUGGAAACUUACAUGCAAGGAGCGGUGGUCUCCGCAGCCCAGUUUUUUGAGAUCUGGCAUCAUUACGACUCUGACGGUAGUGGCUACUUGGAUGGCAAGGAGCUGCAGAAACUUAUCCAGGACCUGCAGCAGGCACGAAAGAAAGCAGGCUUGGAUCUAACCCCAGAAAUGAAAAAAUUUGUGGACCAGUUUGGGAAGAGUUCUGAUGGGAAAAUAGGAAUAGUAGAGCUCGCUCAGAUCUUACCCACAGAAGAAAACUUCCUCUUAUUCUUCAGGUGCCAGCAGCUGAAAUCAAGUGAAGAUUUCAUGCAGACAUGGAGAAAAUAUGAUAGUGACCACAGUGGCUUUAUGGAUUCUGAAGAGCUUAAGGGUUUCUUGAAAGAUUUGCUACAAAAAGCAAAUAAGCAGAUUGAUGAUUCAAAGCUGACAGAAUACACAGACAUCAUGCUCCGGAUGUUUGAUGAAAACAAUGAUGGAAAAUUGGAACUGAGUGAACUGGCCAAAUUGCUCCCAGUACAGGAAAACUUCCUCCUUAAAUUUAAGGGUGUCAAAAUGAGUCAAAGCGAAUUCUCCAAAGCAUUUGAAUCAUUUGACACUGAUGGAAGUGGCUACAUAGAUGAAAAGGAACUAGAAGUUUUCCUGAAAAGUCUUUGUGAAAAGAACAAAUCGGAAUUAGACAUUAAUAACAUUGCUACGUACAAGAAAAACAUCAUGGCCUUGGCUGACAAAGGAAAGCUUUUCCGAAAUGACCUUGCUGCUAUCCUCUGUACUGGGGGAAAGUAGAGUCGACUGAUACUUCCAUUCAACUCGUGAUAUAUCUUAAAAGAAAAAUAAUUGUGCACUAUAAGGGAUUAGGCUUUACUUUCUUUUAUAUCUUGUAAAUUUAAAACUGCAUAUAAUUAGCCAGAACAUGUGGCACAUUCUUUUCAGCUUGUUUCUAUACUGUUUGUAAAUGUACAGGUUUUGUAACUAUAAGAUUGAUAAAAGAGAGUGUCUAUGUCAGGGGCGAUCUGUUGAUUAAUUUAACACAAACUGUUACAGUAUCAGUGUUUUCAUGGCGGGGGGGGGGAGGCAGAAGCAAAUCUGAACACUCAACUGGGGUUGUUUUGCCUUGUUAUAUUCUUUGACACUGGCUGUUACAGAGAGCAGCAGAAACCAUGAUCUUCUUUAAGUAAAUGGCCUAGCCAUACUUCUUUACACAAUGGAAAAAAUCCUUGUCAGGGUAAAAGAGGACAUGGGUGACUGAUCUGUGAUGCAGUUGUGGCAAGUGGUACAUACAGCAGGUUUCUGUGGCACACUUGCACAGGCGGAAAAGGGCCUACAACACAGUCUUGCCCAUCUCUGGAACUGUCCUGCUUGCUAAGACUACAGGGAACGAGGAAUGUGACUGACAGGAGUAGCGUUCUCUCAUAUUUUGUCUUUAAGGUAGCAUCAUGGGCCAGUAGUGGAACAUCUGUUUUGCAGGCAGAAGCUCCCAGGUUCCAUCCCUGGCAUCAAGGAUCAGCUAGCAGGUGAUGUAAAAACAUGUACCUGAAACUCUGGGGAACAGCUGCCAAUCAGAGUAGACAGAGCUGAUCUUGAUAGACCAAUGGUCUGACCAAGGCAGCUUCAUGUGACUGCUGAGAAUUUUUCAGUCAUCAAAUUCCCAGCUUAUAGUGCAACCCUUGCCUUCUGCUGAGCGAAGGUGGAGCUUUGUUUCGGUGGGUGAAAACUCACUGUGGUAAAAGUCCUUUCCUUGCCAGAGGACACUGCUGGAUUCAGUUCUUUGUGAGGGCUACAGUGCAGUCCUAAACAGAGUUGCUGGAGUAAUUGGGGUCUCUGAACUGAUACACAAGGUCACGGACACCUCAGGAUAACAAGACACUGAACUUCAUGAGAAGCCCCAAAUCUACCUGGACAAGGACUCACGAGUAAUCAAAAUGUGUUCUUUUAUUGGGUAAAAGGGGGGAACUAAAUUGAAGACAGGGAGGUUGACUAAAACACAACUCAGCCUCCCUGCUGGAGAACUGUAGCAUCAACAAAAGCGGCUGUGUCACAGAAUAUGACAAACCAUUUUCUAAGACUAUUUCCACAUUUUGCAGAAUACUAUAAUUCUGGCAAACUGCUGUUUUUACAUCAUUCACUGUAAUCUAUCAUUAAAUUUAAUAUACUGAGUAUCAGUGUCUAGUUUGUCUACUUCCUGUAUCCUGCUAUUUAGAAGGGAUUUAAAAAAAAUGUUUGUACAUACAAACUGACCUGCUUGGCCCCAGCGUUAUCCUCAAUAAGUUAGCUGUGAUUGACUCCCAGUGAAAUUCAUAAGUGUGCAUCACGAAUAAGGUUGUAAUCCUGUUUACCCUUGUUUAGGAAUAUGCCAUACUGAAUGGUGACAUACACUUUUGAGUAAACAUGCAAAGGAUCAAGCUGCAUGUUGUUUUAAGUUGUACUCAGGGUGCAUAGAAUUACUUGGACCAUGGAGAGUCUAAACAAAAGUGGGAGUUAGUGCAAGUAAACAUGCAUGAAAUCAGGCUGUUUGGUAGCCCUGACCUUUCCUGGAUUGUGUCCACUGACUGCUGAGCUCCAGAUCAAAGUAACUCAAACUGCAUGGAUUGUGGUACAGACUGCUCAAGUCCCUCCCGUAAGAUUCCCAGGAGACAGGAACACUUUUAAAUGACAUUUCUUUGACAUACCCCAUUGCAUCAUUUCUUGUCAUACUGCAUUGCAUUCAGUCCUUUAAGUUUACUGGACCUAAAUUUAGAAAGGAACUUUUUUUGGUUUAAAAAGGCAAGCUCCCCUUUUCACAACCAGCCCAUUAAAUCAGCAUGGCACUUCAGCUGAUGUGGAAAUGUCCCUGUUUUACUCCUCUGUGAGAAGGAACUGGGGUCUCUCCACAUUCACAGUGGCUAAAUAAAGAAACUUCUGCUUAAAGCAUGCUCUUGUAUGAACAAGCGCAGGUUGGUUUCUUGUGGUUAUAGCUAGCAAAAGAUAUUUUUACCUUUAUAGGCAGGCGAGAACCCUUACAAGAUACAAAUGGCCUCUAAAAAGCAAGUGCCUUGUGUUUCAUUUCUGAAACAUGUACAAAUUAGGGUAGAAAACAAAAAAGACUUCACACAUUCAGAGGUUUCAAGGCAGGUCAAGAAAGUCCAUUUUGACAACUCCACUUUCAGAGAAGUGAUCUUAUCUAUUUCACUCACAUUUAAUCUCUCUAUGCAAUGUAAAAUAUAAUUGUGUAUUUUAAAAGAGGAACAGUGAUUUGAAUAUCUGCCUGCAGGUAUCAUUAUGAAUUGAAAAUGAUUAAACUUAGAUUGUCAACGAAA